AUGUUUGCAGUAACCAGCAUGUUUUGGAAAUUUGAUCUCCAUUCAUCAUCACACAUAGAUACACUUCUAGAGAGAGAAGAUGUAACACUGAAGGAAUUGAUGGAUGAAGAGGAUGUUCUGCAAGAGUGCAAGGCUCAGAAUCGCAAACUUAUAGAGUUUCUGCUGAAGUCAGAAUGCUUGGAAGACUUAGUUUCAUUUAUUAUUGAAGAGCCACCUCAAGACAUGGAUGAAAAAAUCCGAUAUAAAUAUCCAAACAUAUCAUGCGAGCUGCUUACAUCAGAUGUCUCACAGAUCAAUGAUAGGCUGGGAGAAGAAGAAUCCUUACUUGUGAAACUGUACAGCUUCCUCUUAAAUGAAUCUCCUCUAAACCCUUUACUGGCCAGUUUCUUCAGCAAGGUGCUAAGUAUUCUUAUAAGCAGAAAACCAGAACAGAUUGUGGAUUUUUUAAAGAGGAAACAUGAUUUUGUAGAUCUCAUUAUUAAGCACAUAGGGACCUCUGCUAUCAUGGACUUGCUGCUCAGGCUACUGACUUGCAUAGAACCUGCACAGCCCCGGCAAGAAGUGCUGAAUUGGCUAAAUGAGGAAAGAAUUAUUGAGAGGCUAGUGGAAAUCGUACAUCCAUCUCAAGAUGAAGAUAGGCAUUCAAAUGCAUCACAGUCACUCUGUGAAAUUAUUCGUCUAAGCAGAGACCAGAUGUUACAAGUACAGGGCAGUUCAGAACCAGAUCCACUGCUUGCAAGUCUAGAGAAGCAAGAAAUCAUAGAACAGCUUCUGUCUAAUAUUUUUCAUAAAGAAAAAAAUGAAUCCGCAAUAGUCAGUGCAAUCCAAAUACUGUUGACCUUACUUGAGACAAGACGACAGACAUUUGAAGGCCAUAUAGAGAUAUGCUCUCCAGGCAUGAACAAUUCAACAUACUUGGUCAACAAAAAUGUUUUAGAAGCCAUAAAAGUACGACUUCCAUCUUUCCAUGAACUCUUGCUUGAGCCUCCAAAAAAAAGUGUUGUGAAGACAACCUGGGGAGUAUUGGAUCCACCCGUUGGAAACACACGUUUAAAUGUAAUUAGGUUAAUAUCUUGCCUAUUACAGACUAAUACAAGCAGUGUGAAUCAGGAGCUUAUAGAGCUUAACAGCAUAGGAAUAGUACUGGACAUGUUCUUUAAGUAUACAUGGAAUAACUUUUUGCAUACUCAAGUAGAAAUCUGUGUUGCAUUGAUUCUUGCAAGUCCUCUUGAAAGCACAGAAAAUGUUACAAUUACAGAUCAGGAUGCCACUGGGGAGGACAAUCUCUUACUGAAACAUCUCUUCCUUAAGUGCCAAUUAAUAGAACGAAUACUUGAAGCAUGGGAGAUUAAUGAGAAGAAACAAGCUGAAGGAGGAAGAAGACAUGGCUAUAUGGGUCAUCUGACAAGGAUAGCAAACUGUAUUGUGCAUAGUACAGACAAGGGGCCAAACAGUACUCUAGUCCAGCAGCUCAUUAAAGAGCUUCCAGAUGAAGUCAGAGAACGAUGGGAGACAUUUUGCACAAGCUCUUUAGGAGAAACUAACAAGAGGAAUACAGUUGACCUGGUUACUACCUGCCACAUUCAUUCUUCCAGCGAUGAUGAAAUUGACUUCAAAGAAACUGGCUUCUCACAGGAUUCUUCUUUGCAGCAGGCCUUUUCUGAUUAUCAGAUGCAACAAAUGACGUCCAAUUUUAUUGACCAGUUCGGCUUCAACGAUGAGAAGUUUGCUGAUCAAGAUGACAUUGGCAAUGUUUCUUUUGAUCGGGUCUCAGACAUCAACUUUACACUCAAUACAAAUGAAAGUGGCAACAUAGCUUUGUUUGAGGCAUGCUGUAAGGAGCGGAUACAGCAGUUUGAUGAUGGUGGUUCUGAUGAAGAGGACAUUUGGGAAGAAAAACAUAUUUCAUUUGCACCAGAGUCCCAGAGGCGUUCCAGUUCGGGCAGUACAGACAGUGAAGAAAGUACAGAUUCUGAAGAGGAGGAUGGAACAAAACAAGACUUGUUUGAAUCACACACCAAUACAGAGGACAAAAUGGAAGUAGACUUAACUGAACCACCAAAUUGGUCAGCUAACUUAGAUGUACCCAUGGAGACUGCACAUGUUGCCAGUCUGCAUUCUGAGUCUGAUGUGUGGAGUACAGAAGAGCCUAUGCCAGCAAAAGAAACUGGUUGGGCCUCCUUUUCAGAGUUUCCAUCCUCUUUAAGCUCAAAAGAUUCUCAAAGAAGCAGUUCUCCUGUGGAAAUGGAAACAAACACAGACCAAGUUGACCCAUUGAGUGCAAAUGUAACUCCUCUUGCAACACAGCUAGAGACCCCAGGAAGUGUUGCUAUGGAGGCUAGCUCAGAUGGAGAAGAUGACAUAGAAAAUGCAGACAAGGUAACUGAAACAAUAAUGAAUGGCAGCAUGAAGGAGACACUGAGCCUUACUGUAGAUGCUAAAACUGAAACAGCUGUUUUCAAAAGUGAGGAAGGAAAAUUGUCCCCCUCACGGAAUGCUUCUUGUAAAUAUGUAGUAGAAGAGAAUGCAGAGAUUGCAGAAGAGGCUUCUUCAGCUCUGCAGCCUACUAACAGUAGUCCAGAACAGAGGACUGAGGAACAAACCCAUUUAGAAGAGGGGUCUGUUAAUGGCCCUGUAUGAUAUGUGAUGUCUGCUACCUUGGCUGAAGAAAAUGAACUGAGAUCCAGGUGUUUGAGUGUUUCUUGAGGAUUUCAUCUAGACCCUGUUGAAGCCAGUCACUUCUGCACUAAUUUUGCAAGGGAUCAGGACCAGCAACAUUUAUAUUCUAGAUUUUAAGACAUUGUACAGAAAUUCCUAAGUGUAAAAAUAUUGCACAUUGAGAAAUACCAAUAAUUUUUGCGUACGUUUAUAUUGUAUUGUUCUUAAUAAUGGGUAGCCUGUGAAAUAAGAUCAUGCUACCCAGGUAAUGAUGACAGUAGUGUUACUGUAGUUAAAAUGGCUGUAAGAAUAGUUUUAUAAAAAAGUGAAUACACAAAUCUAAUGUAUUUGAGACAACUAUUUGAUGAUUAGUGUGACCAAAGUAUUUAGCAGUUUUCAUACAUUUUUCACCUUGUAAAAA